AUGGUUAGUUGUACCACUGCAGUGUUGACCUCUGAGCUGAGUCUGAUCUGGCAAGACCUGAAAACCCCGUCUGUGGACACGACGCUGACCCAGGAAGAGAAAGUGCUGCUUACCUGCCAGACCUUCAGUGAGGUGCUGCACAUCUGUGAGCAGCUGUUUCUGCAAUCCUUGCACCUGCUGGAGACUCUGCGGAGGCGAGGUGCCUUCAGCGAUCGUAUCAACCGCAGCAGGGUGGCAGCUCAGCUCGCUAUUGACUGCACCAGUCUCUUGAACGUUCGCUCCAUAAGAUGCAGAAUUGUCACAGGAAUCAAGGAUGCACGGAAGUGCAUACAAAGUGCUGUUACACAUAACAAUGAAAGGUCCAGGACGGCCACAUCAUGGGAAAAAGCAGUGGAGGAUGACCUCAAAGAGAUUCAGGAGAGAAUCGGAGAGCUGGAUCUGCAAUGUGUGUAUGACCUCCUGCCUUGUAACAUGGAGCCAAUCACCUAUAAGACAGACACACAAUGUUCUAAAGCCAAUAAAUCGAUCAUACUGAAACAAGAGCAGGAUCAGAGUCCACCUCAAAACCGACUGGUCAGAAUAAAGGGAUGUCAUUCCAUGCCUGACCUACAGAGGGAAACACUGCUGGAGGAGCUGGAGAUAAGGCUACUCGAUCCACCUUCAUCCCCAUUAGUCCUGUUGUCCACAGAUCCUACCUCCAGCCUGGAGAAACGCAUCAGUCCUGGGGAAGAUCUGAAGAGAUUAUUACAGGAGAGAGAUAACAAGGAUGAUGGUAAUUGUGGGACGGAUCUGUGCUCGCUUAUAGAAUCCCUAACCUGCUAUAGUUCCAGCAGACUCCAAAGGCUCAAACAAAAACUACAGAAAAUGGAGGAAGAGGAGGAAACCAAGAAGCACAAAGUUCUUGUGAAGAAACCUCUGCACCCACAAGGAGAUGUGGUCAGUGUGACGUUUUCUCCUCAGAACAUCAUGCGCACAGCAGCGGCCCAAGUGUCUGAUCGGAUUCUCCCAGAAACCAUCAAACUCAGCCGAUACCCACCAGUCUACAAUGACCUCACGAAAGAGAUUGAUUCCGCAUCCGUCACUCUGAUGGAUCAGAUCUUGGUUGAAGAAAAAAUGGAUAUCGGCAAAGUCUUUGAAGAGUUAUCCAGAAGUAUUUCAACAAAGCAUUUCAACUUUGAUGAGGACUCCAGGAUUGAGCCUGCCCUGACAAAUGUCACAUUCUGCCCAAAAAGAGUGAUUAAUGACCAGCUAAUGAACCCAUCUCUCAGGAGGCCCAGUCAAUACAGCAUAUCCCACAGAGAGAGAGCAGAGAGGGCUGCGAACAGGAAGAGGCCUGAGAAUACGACCGCUCGAGCGUACAGAGCCUGGUUUCAGUGGUGGAGGUGUCAACUAUCAAUGGAUGAUUAUCUUAACUACAUUUCUAAUCAGGACUCUGAUUAUCUGUCAGUGCUGUUUCACCUGUAUGACAGUGAGGAUGAUGAUGAUGAAGAGGCAGAGAGACACAAGCUGGCUCAGAUACAGAGAGAUGAAAGGAGAAGAAGGCAACAGGAAAGGAUCAAUUCACUUAGGAGACAGAAACAAGAAUUUGUUCCUGGAUUCUGGAACAUCAACACCAUAGAGAUGGGAGGACUGGGAAGGGAACCAGAAAUGGAUGGCAUGUUAUAGUUUUUUUUUUAAAUAGAUAAAUAAAUACUGGUACAUUUAUAAACAUUUGUUAUUUAGUGUCCAAAACUGCAUGAAAGAAUGAAUGCAGAAAUAUCUGUGUUUCAGAGAAAAAUCCAGAAGAGGAAAAACAAGAAGCAGUGAGCUCAUGUUUCUUUCCUCAUAAUCUAACAUAGCAGUUUUCCACUGAUUACUCUGUCUAUCAUGUCAUGUCACUGUUAUUCUUAGUACAGGCUUCUGUUUAGCAG